ACCCGUGUUAGUGUUCGUAGCAUUUCAGCAUGUUUCCACCCUUGUACAACUCAUCGGUGUGUCGCUGUGAGGGUGUGUUAGUGCACAGAAGAUGAAAUGAUGUAAACCUUCAACAACGUCAUCCCCCACCGAGGGAGAGACAGACAGAGAGCGAGAAAUAGCGAGACGCCCCACUAUCCCCCGUCCAGGCUUUUAUGCUUUAUGUUUACGGUUUUAGUACUUUGGUCUCUCUUUAUCCACCGGUGAAGCGGUUGUCUUGCGUGGCGUCUUCCUCACACCAACGCACUAUCUGUGGCGUGCGUUUACUCACCUAACUAAGAGAGACCCAUAUUGGAGUUACAGUUUUUGGGGUGCUUUUUUAAAAGGCUCGUCGCUUGAUGCCGUCUCAAGUCUUUUGUGUGCAUGCAUGAGCUCGAACAAAUUAAUGGCGGGUUUUGAAACAUCUUAUUCGGGGUUUUUAUUUUGUAAAGCAUAUUUUACAUUAAAACCUAGUCCAGACACACUCAUUGUAAUGCUGUUACAUGUGAUAUGAAACAAAAAGCAAAAAAAAAAGAAAAGCUAAAUGAAAUGUCGUUUGUGACUGCUGCUGUUUUCAUGGAAUUCGCUCGAGGCCAAUCGUUUGUUUUGUUUUUUUUCUUUUUUAUCGUAAUAAAGUAACUUGGUUUAGAUAUAGUAAAACAUGUUUUUUUUCUUCAUCUUGCCAUGUAUUGUUUAACAUAAAUUGUGAAAGUAAAAUUUGUACGAUCACGUGGUGUGAUGAGUAGGAAUGAAAACAAAAGUCACGUUCGUUAAUAUUGUUUUUAAAUCUAGCUUGCCACCACCGCAGAAUCUACCAUGGUGAAAAGCAAUAAGAAAGUUUAUAAAUAAAGGUAAACUCUGUUCGAUUUCGUGAAGUAUUGUAAGAACGUUGGGAAAAUGAUCAUAGCGCGGGUUGUCGUGGUUUGGAUUUGUCUUGUCUCUAUUACCUGUUCUCGUCCUGCUUCACUUUUAAGGGCCGUUGGCAGGCGCAAAGGAACACAUCGCGCUAUGCCGCUUAAGUUUAAAAGACAAACGGAAGAUCUUCAUCGGAGGUUACUCGGUGUAGAACCGUCUCACUAUGGGGAACAUUAUUCUCCCGAAGAGCACAGUAACGAAUCGAUGAUUGAUUUGCGAAAAAAAGCUUCAAUUGCAGAAGUUUUCCGUCACAGACUGAUGGCAUGUGGUUUGAUAACGACAAAAUCUCCCGAACGGUGGAGAGAUCGUUUAAUAGCGGAAUUGGAUGAAAUAGUUACGGAGAUAGAGCAUCGAUGUGCUGUGUGUAAAACUUUCUACGAUGAACCCUGCCGAUAUGAAGUGCUCCGGAGUCUUAUUGAUCCUUGUCCAGCUUGCUGUAGGAAGAAAAGUGCCAAAAAACGGCUCCUACUUACGCUUCAAAAAGUACUGGAAAAAUCUUUGAAUAGUGAAAACGUGCAUAGUGAUAGCAGUGUGAUGGGUGAAGAAGAGAAUGAGGGCCAUGAUUCAAAUCCGUGGCCCAUUACGGUAGUGCCAAUGAGUAGGAAAACAAGAAGCACUACAGAGAUCCCUACCGAACCAACCACGCGAUUGAUCGGAACUGUUCGGGAUGAUCAUGGUUCGCAUUCUGUCGUACAAAAUCUCAACCUUAUAGCCCCAUGGAAGUUGCAACCACCAGCAAUCGAAUUGAAACGAAUUCAAUCAACAUCGAGUGUAAAUCAAACCAACGUGCAGAGCUAUGAUACAGAGCCUUCCACAGUACAUGUCAUCGAUGGACAGUCUGUCGAUAAUGUGCACGAUUUCUUGCAGCAGUACAUGAACCUCGUGUACGGUGGACACCCUGGUAAUGAACAAAGGAAGCAGUUUUUUCUUGACCAAUUAUGCCGAAAUGCAACCAACGGAAAGAUCGUGCUGCAGUGCACUGAUAUCACCGGACAGCGAAAAACGCGAUCCUCGGAAAAUGCCACAGCGGAAAAAGUAUCGGCUUGGAAUGUUGGUGAAGGUUCCAACGCCUCAGGUGACGUUCAAAAGUCGCUACUUUUUACUACCCCAUCCUUAGAUGAUUUAAGAGCAAAAGCAGUCAGAUGCCGGUCGUGUUGGACACUUGGUAGAAAAAGGCCUCAGUGGCAAGGAUUGAAAUAAGUUAUAGUUAUUUAAAAAUUUGAGCGCUAUUUGAAAAAGUUCUCAGAAUCAUGAAAUUAAUGAAAAUACAAUAAAUGCUAUGUUGUGAUUGAUGAUACAUUAUAGUGCGAUUACCAACCUUCCUGUUUGACGAUUAAUUAUUAUUCUGAUUAAUAUUGACAACUGCAAUUUGAAAGGUUUUUAGGAUAGAAAACUUCAUAAACAAUUUUUUUCGUAAACUUCCGCAGAAGAAAUUUGAAUUUUUCAUUUUCAUCGAUUGAUCGAUAAUAAUUUCACCACAUUCGAUGUUGACAAUUGGAGGUGGAGCCAGCUGAACGUGUAAUCGGACCUUAAGUGCUAAAUCUACCGUCUGCAAAUCCAUGAAUUAUGGAUAUUUUUUAUAGUUUAAAGUUGUAAUAUUUUUUCGAUUAAAUGAGUUGUUCUUUUUCAAUGUUUAAUAUUAACCAAUAUUU